AUGGAUGUAGACUACAGAGAUAUUGAUUGUGAAGAAUUAGCUAAUUGUAAUAAUGUCGGUGAUGAAGAAGGAAAAGAGGACAUGGAUACUUACAAAAAGAUUAAUGACCUGACAGAUGAUGAUAUAAGAGGUUUGGAAUUUUCUUCUCAGGAAAAAGCAAUAAAUUUCUAUGAAAUAUAUGCCAAAAGUCACGGGUUUGCAAUAAGAAAAGAUGAUGUAAAACGUAAUUAUGAAGGGAAUAUAAUUGUUCGUCAAUUAGUUUGUAAUAGAGAAGGUAAAAGUGAUAAGAAGAGGGGACGAUGUAGAGAUCCAAGACCUACCACGCGAAUGGAAUGUCGUGCUAGGUUUCGAGUAGCUCUAAAUCUUGUGACUGAAAAAUGGAGAGUUUCCGUAUUUGAGCCCUCUCAUAACCAUGAGUUAACUCCAUCACACUAUGUUCAUUUGAUUCCUAAGUAUCGUCGAUUGACUGAAUCGGAUAAAACUCUUGUUGAUGGCUUGCACACACAUGGUGUUAGAACAUGCCAUAUUUUAGGUUUUAUGAUGGCUCAAAAAGGUGGUCAUAAAGGUCUUGGAUUUUGUAAAAAGGACUUAUAUAACUACUUAAAUAAUGAAGCAAUGGCAAGAAUAGAAGGAGGGGAUGCUUUUGCUGCUUUGAGUUAUUUAUAG